UCCUUAUGGCUGUUUGCGAUGCGCACUAUCGCUUCCUGAUAGUUGAUGUAGGAGAUAGUGGUCGGCGUAGUGAUGGAGGUGUUCUUGCACAGUCAGCAUUCGGGCAAGCACUAGAGUCUGGCACCCUUUCAUUGCCAUCGUCAAGAGAAUUGCCUGGCACAGCAACAAGGGCUCCAUAUGUAUUUGUAGGCGACGAAGCGUUUCCUCUACGGACACACAUGCUUCGGCCCUACCCAGGCAGGAAUCUGCCAGAUGCAAAGGCUGUGUUUAAUUACCGUCUUAGUCGAGCUCGAAGGAUCAUUGAAAACUCUUUUGGAAUUCUAACAGCUAGGUGGCAACUUUUUAGAAAGCCUAUCGUCGCUCAACCAGAACAUGUAGUAACUUUUACUAAAGCUGCCAUUGCUCUCCAUAAUUUCCUACGGAUCACCGAAUUUACAGUCUAUUGCCCAGUUGGUUUUAGCGAUGCAGAAGAUAGUGUAGGGAAUGUAGUGGAAGGAAGUUGGAGGGCUGAAGUAAGGGCUGAAGGGGGAUUAGAAAGAGUAGAGCAAGUUGGUAGCAAUAGAUUUAGUCAAUCAUCAGCUGAAGUACGAGAUUGCUUCAGCAACUAUUUCAUGUCUCCCCAAGGACAAGUUGAUUGGCAGUACCAUCACAUUCAUCGAACAUCUUAUGACUAGAUGUAGAGUGAAUUAAAACCGGUUUUUCUAAAAGCCACAAACCGGCUUUUCUAAAAGCCAUAAACCGGCUUUUCUAAAAGCCAACAAUAUAGAUCAGAGAGAGAGCAGAACUUAUGCUUUGGUUGUCAUGCAUGUACAUUGCAUGAAUGUCAUAGCUUUCCACUACUGCAACUUCUUCAUUCCACCAUGGUAGUAGUUUGAAACAUUUAAAGAAAGGGUAUUUAGUUACCUUUAGAAAGGGUAUUUAGUUACUUAUUUGCUUAGAUUCAAAUCUCUUUGAAGCGAUUAAUGGCUUUUAAAAAGCCGGUUUGUGAACAGCCUGUAGAGAGCUCAGGUUGUGUAUGUGUUGGAUGGGAACUCUGUAUAGAUUGAUGAUGAUGUAUUGUGCUGUUGUGGGUGCUGUUCUGGAAGGAAAAUCAAAUUGUUCGCAGGUUCAUGCUGCUGUGUGGGACUGAAGUAUAGAUCGUAUUCAACUUCUGUUAUCACUUGGUGUACUUUCAUUGUAGCUAAGGCUCUCCUUCGUCCGUCCAAUUUCUGUAGCCUGGCUGCAACAUGCAGUCCAAAAUGAUGAUCCUCAUCCAUAUGGGUUUUUUGGUUUGGAAAUGAUGGAUGAUAGCUUCGUCAACUUCAUCAUAGCCUCUCUUCACCCUUUUGCCUCUUUUGGAUGGGAGAUCAGAGGAUGGGGGAGGGGGAGGGGUAGAGAAAGAAUCUAGAGACAGGGAUGAUGAUGUUUGACUAGAGUUGGCAUGGUGAGAAGUUUGGUUGUCAAAUUGGUAAGAGGAAGGUUGGCUAGAUGAUGAUUUGUCAAGAUCACGUUCCAUGGCAGAGCACCCAUCUCUAAUACAGCUAUAAUAUUUCAAACAAAAGCACUCAUUAGAAAUGAAUGCCACAGAGCAGAUGCGGUAGUUUUAUUCUUGCUUCCUACUGUAAUUAUUGUUGUUGUUAUUAUUAUUUAUUAUGUGUCGUUAUGCCCCUUCAUGAUGGGCAAGUGGAGUCUUUAUCCCCAUCUGGGCGCCCACCAACCUGGCAAGUGAGCCAGCACAGAAAAUAUGAAGAAUGAAUUCGACAGAUAGAGCAUGCGUCUUUUACACCUAUAGUAUUCUCAUGCACAGGACGAUGCAGUAAGCUGCUUACAAACACAAACACCUUCUUGAAGCAUUUUGCAUCAAUGUUAGGUGAAACGCGUCAUUCCACAUACAACAUGACAGUCAAACUGGCUUCACUCCAGAAUCUGCUAUGCUCUUAUUAGAUCUG